AUGGUAAAACAAAAUAAGAAAACGAAGGAGAGAGAUAUGAAUCUUCCGGAAGAUAUAGUAAUCAACAUACUCACAAGACUACCGCUACAAAGUAUUGUUAGGUUCAAGUUAGUUUGUAUAGAAUGGAAGUUGUUAAUGGGAUCAGCCUACUUCGUCGACCUCUGCCGUAACUCUAAUUGGUCAAUCAUCUUUUACGGGAACUAUAAAUCGGAAGAUUCCAAGUUGGAGGAAGUUAAACUCGAUCUACCACAUGAUGGUCAUGAUGGUACACAUCACCAUCAAAGUUAUAAUUUGUUGUUUUCUAGUGUUUCUAGUCAAAGCAAGAAGAAGGUGAAAGAGAUUAGGGUUGUGUCUUGUGCUGAUGGGUUGGUCUUGCUUCGUGUCAAGGAAGAGGAGGACGAGAUGGUUUACUACGUUGGGAAUCCAGUGAUAGCACAAUGGAUUCAACUCCCUCUUUCUUCUCGUCCUCCUAGAAACGCUCAUACAUAUCCUAGUCAUUACUCUGAUACGGGACUUGUGACACGAAUGCGUAAUGGUGCACUAUUAGGUUACAAGGUGGUUCGGAUAAAAAACAAGUCAUGGAACCGUUCUUAUUUUUGGGAAUGGAGUUUUGAGGUUUUCUCAUCGGAUACGGGUAAAUGGCGUGUUGUACAAGUCUCUUGUCCGGGUCAUGGUGUUGGUAUGUGCAACCCAUCCAAUCCUGUUUCUUUAAAUGGGAAACUUCAUUGGCUAGAGUCUAGCCGUGUUAUCGUUCAUGAUUUCUUCUCUUGUGAUGAUCAAGUUCUUCGAGUAUUACCACUACCCCGCAGGACUCAAAGCACUGAGUGGCAACGUUGUAAGAGGAUCUGCACCACCUCGCAAGGAUAUUUUGUUAUUAUUGAUGUUGGAUAUGUAGAAGAGGUCAAGAGCUAUAAUGUUAGAGUCAUGAGGCUCAAUACUGAGUUUUGGAACUGGGAAAAGGUAUGGGAAAUCAACAUGGCAAGUGUAGGGCUUGGCUUUAAGUGUCUUCCAAUCGCAAUAAACUUUUUUGACAGCAACAUCAUCUACCUAUGGGACUUAGACCACAACUGUUUCCUCGCUUGUAACGUUCGUACACAUAAGAAAUUAUGUGGUACUCGUAAAGAUGUCACCGCCGACAAGGAAGAUACUUUCUGCCACGAGUCACGUUAUAGUCUUUUGCACUCUUUUAUACUUCUCAAGGAGAAGGAGGACGACAACAACGACGUGAUGAUACGUUACUACGUUGGGAAUCCAGUGUUAGCACAGUGGAUUCAACUUCCUCCUCCUCCAGAGACGCUUAUCCGUUACAAGGUAGUUCGGAUACAUAGCAAAGCACACAAGUCUCCCAAAUGGAGUUUUCAGGUUUUCUCAUCGGAUACGGGUGAAUGGAGUGUUGAACAAGUCACUUUCCCAGGUCAUGGAGUGUUGGAGACUCAAUAG